AUGGUUAAAGGUGCUGCCUUCGGUCCUCUUCUGGCAGGUAUGCUCGUACCAUAUGGCUGGCGGGCAGUAUUCGCGAUGCUCAUAUUAUCUGAUAUCUGUGCCUUUCUCAUCUGUCUUCGCAUUCUGCUUACUCUAGGUCGCUCCAGCCAUGAAUUGCCUUUAAACAGCUUCGGGACAACAAUGCAAGAGGAACAUAUCUUUCACUCUUAA